AUGAUUAUCCCUAUCAGAUGUUUCUCGUGCGGAAAGGUGACUGGAGAUCUCUGGGAGCGAUUCCUGAAGCUUCUGGAUGAUGGCGUGCAGGAUGGCGAUGCCAUGGAUCAACUUGGCCUGAAGCGAUACUGCUGUCGACGCAUGAUCAUGACCCACGUUGACCUGAUCGAGAAACUGCUGAAGUAG